AUGGCCCACAUUUGCAGUAGCUGCUACCUCCGCGAGGUCCCGGAGGCUGGCGUGUCUUGCCCUCGCUGCCAUGACUGGGUCGCACACAGGCAGGGAAGAAGGGUGCGGGAACUGUUGAGGCGAGCCGCGGCCCAGUUUGAAGUCGCGACUGACGCAAUCCAAAUUGGUAUGGAGCAGGAGGACGUCCGAAUCUCACUUCAGGAGGUGAUGAGAGCGGAUGCGGCUUCCAUGGAAGCCUGGGAGAUUGUCCAGGCUGCCCAGGAGGUUGUGUUCCGGAUGGCGGCCAUCCAUACAGAGACAGCAGUUGCGGCUAGAGCGGAGCUCAUCCACGCACUUGAGAGGGCUGGAGAGGUCGUCAACCUAGUGGGAAAUGCCCUCACCGCGGUGGCUUCUCGCCUGGCCGCUUAG